AUGGCUCUGAUAAGCACUUCCAAUUUACUACCCAUCUUGAGGGAGUACCCCAAUGGCUCAAUGGCUCAGUGGGAUGGUACUUGCCCGCAACCUCGGAGCGUCCUCGAAAUCUAUCGAGCAUCCUCGGUCGUUUUCGAGCGUCCUCUAUUGUUUUCGAGCGUCCUCGAAAUCAAUCGAGCGUCCUCGAAAUCAAUCGAGCGUCCUCGAAAUCUAUCGAGCGUCCUCGAAAUCAAUCGAGCGUCCUCGAUCGUUUUCGAGCGUCCUCGAAAUCUAUCGGGCGUCCUCGAAAUCUAUCGGGCGUCCUCGAUCGUUUUCGAGCGUCCUCGAAAUCUAUCGGGCGUCCUCGAAAUCUAUCGAGCGUCCUCGAAAUCAAUCGAGCGUCCUCGAUCGUUUUCGAGCAUCCUCGAUUGUUUUCGAGCGUCCUCGAAAUCUAUCGAGAGUCCUCGAUCGUUUUCGAGCGUCCUCGAAAUCUAUCGGGCGUCCUCGAAAUCUAUCGAGCGUCCUCGAAAUCAAUCGAGCGUCCUCAAUCGUUUUCGAGCGUCCUCCAUUGUUUUCGAGUGUUCUCGGAAUCUAUCGAGAGUCCUCGAUCGUUUUCGAGCGUCCUCGAUCGUUUUCGAGCGUCCUCGAUCGUUUUUGAGCGUCCUCGAUUGUUUUCGAGCGUCCUCGAAAUCUAUCGAGAGUCCUCGAUCGUUUUCGAGCGUCCUCGAAAUCAAUCGAGCGUCCUCGAAAUCUAUCGAGCGUCCUCGAAAUCAAUCGAGCGUCCUCGAAAUCUAUCGAGCGUCCUCGAAAUCAAUCGAGCGUCGUCGAAAUCUAUCGAGCGUCCUCGAAAUCAUCGAGCGUCCUCGAUCGUUUUCGAGCGUCCUCGAAAUCUAUCGGCGUCCUCGAAAUCUAUCGAGCGUCCUCGAAAUCUAUAGGGCGUCCUCGAAAUCAAUCGAGCGUCCUCGAUCGUUUUCGAGCAUCCUCGAUUGUUUUCGAGCGUCCUCGAUCGUUUUCGAGCGUCCUCGAUCGUUUUUGAGCGUCCUCGAUUGUUUUCGAGCGUCCUCGAAAUCUAUCGAGAGUCCUCGAUCGUUUUCGAGCGUCCUCGAAAUCAAUCGAGCGUCCUCGAAAUCUAUCGAGCGUCCUCGAAAUCAAUCGAGCGUCCUCGAAAUCUAUCGAGCGUCCUCGAAAUCAAUCGAGCGUCGUCGAAAUCUAUCGAGCGUCCUCGAAAUCAAUCGAGCGUCCUCGAUCGUUUUCGAGCGUCCUCGAAAUCUAUCGGGCGUCCUCGAAAUCUAUCGAGCGUCCUCGAAAUCUAUAGGGCGUCCUCGAAAUCAAUCGAGCGUCCUCGAUCGUUUUCGAGCAUCCUCGAUUGUUUUCGAGCUUCCUCGAAAUCUAUCGAGAGUCCUCGAUCGUUUUCGAGCGUCCUCGAAAUCUAUCGGGCGUCCUCGAAAUCUAUCGAGCGUCCUCGAAGGCAAUCGAGCGUCCUCGAUCGUUUUCGAGCGUUCUCGAAAUCUAUCGAGAGUCCUCGAUCGUUUUCGAGCGUCCUCGAUUGUUUCCGAGCGUCCUCGAAAUCUAUCGAGAGUCCUCGAUCGUUUUCGAGCGUCCUCGAAAUCUAUCGGGCGUCCUCGAAAUCUAUCGAGCGUCCUCGAAAUCAAUCGAGCGUCCUCGAUCGUUUUCGAGCGUCCUCGAAAUCAAGCGAGCGUCCUCGAUCUCAAUCUGGAAAAUAAUUUGGGGCAAGGAGGCCUCCACUCCUUUUUCUACGAUAAAAAAAUAAAUUUUGAGGUAUCUAUAAACAAAAACGCAGUCAUCGACUUUCUCGUUGCUUCUGAUAAAUACCAAGCCUUGUGUGUGCAGGUGUUGGGCAGAGUUUUACGUGAGUAG